GCGCGGCGGUCGCUCGCGGGAUGGACGCGUCGGCGCGGCGCUGAGCGGCUCCGGGAUGCGGCGGUGUGCGACUCUACUGAUGAUCGCGCUGACGGCGGGCGUGAGUGUGGCGCUGCAGAUCCAGUGCUAUCAGUGUGAAGACGUUCGGCAGGACGACUGCUCCUCGCCAGAGUUCAUCGUUAACUGCACCGUCAAUGUGCAGGACAUGUGUCAGAAGGAAGUGCUAGUCAUGGAGGACGGGAUUCACUACAGGAAGUCGUGUGCGUCGUCGGGGGCGUGUCUGAUCGCGUCAUCGGGCUACCAGCAGUUCUGCACGGGGAAGCUGAACUCUGUCUGCAUCACCUGCUGCAACACGGCACUCUGCAACGGCCCACGGCACAAGAGAAGACCGGCGUCCCACGCCUGCAGACCCUCCGUCUGCUGCUACGCCAGCCCGCUGCUCGGCCUCAUGCUGCUCUACUUCUGCUCGCACUGACGUGUGUGUGUGUGUGUGUGUGUGUGAGAGAGAGAGACUCACGAUGGAGCGCAGCUUUAGAGAGCGUCUGCUGGCAGGAGCAGCUCUCACACAUUACAGCGUCUGUCUGUGUGCUUCCCUUCAUUCUCAUAUUAAUGAACCUGUGGGCGGGGCUUCCUCAUUUAAUCCCACCAAUCACAGCACACACACAGAGAUACACACUGGCACUCCACUGACAGCAGGACAAUCCUCUUCGUCAAACAUCGUCAGCUAGAAUAGACAUUACUCGACUAACUAUCAUUUAU